AGUGGUGCUACAGAUAAAAUACAAAUAAAAAAGCGACUUUUAAUUCAAGUAAUAGAUUUUUUAAAAGUACGUUUGUAACUAUGAACUAUCUGAAACUUUUCAUCUUGGUGGCUUUAGUUGCGACUAUUUCUGCAAAGAAAGCGAGAAGAAGGAAAAGAAUACACAUGGAAAUUGUAUCGAAAAAUUCGACUUCAUUUAUUGCUCGUUUUCGACAAUACAAGAGGGUCAAGAAAUACUUUGUGAGCAUCUCUGAAAAGUAUCUGGCAGACGCACCUUCUGACUACGUAGUUGACUUAGUGAAAUCGGAUAUGGAUGAAGAAGGAUAUUACGAAAUCAAUGCUGUAAAUUCAUUGCGACCCGGAAUUCUAUAUGAAUUGGUUAUUUUUAACAAGAAAAAGUAUUCGAACCUUCGUUCUAUGGACUUCUAUACUGACUGCGACGCAUAUACAUUUCAGUGCAUGAACGGAAGAGGAAAAAGAGCGUAUCAAACUUGCCUAGAAAAAACAUCUUUGUGUGAUGGGACCGCUGAUUGUAGAAAAGGAGAAGACGAAGUAACGAAUAAAAACGGAUCGUGUGCCGUCUCUGUGCCUGACAGACCAACUAUUCCUCCUCCAUCUCCACCACCAGCUGAUGCACCUUGUAUAUUAGCACUUGAAAAGGCUGUUCGCGAGUCUACUACACCUCUUCCCGAAUGUGACGAGAAAGGUCUGUUUAUUGCCAUGAAAUGUGGUGGAGAAGGCACAUUUACUUGUCACUGCCUUCACCCAGAAACUGGAGAAAUACUGGAUACACAAUCACAUUUUGAUCCUUUUGUUCAUUGGGAUUUUGGUGACAAUUGUCAGAAAUUGAGAGAAAAAGAUCCCAAAGCCAAGAUGGCAUAAUUGUGAGACAUCCAUGGAGAUGAUAUUUUACAGACAUUUAUUUUGCAUGACCAAAUUCGCAUGGUUUCAUGAAGGAAGCCAUUUGUAUCUGCUGGCAAAUGUAUCUUAUUUGUUGAACAAGUAAACGUGCAUAAAAACUCUUCAAUAUUUGGCUUCUAUUCCAAUAUGACUAAAUCUUUUGAGUCUUUUUUAACCUAAUACGAGCAAUGUGUAAAAUAAAUGAUUCAUGUUGGAA